UAGGUUAUAUCUAUGGCGUGAGCGUUCUCAAGCCUGGUUAGCUACAAACAUCCGUGAUGCUAGCUAGCUCGUGACUCUCCAUAUCUACUCGAUUUGUAAACGCCUAAAGUCGCGUAAAAAUAGAUUAUUUUUAAGACACAAAUGUGUCUUUAAUAAAUUAACGGGCUGGGCUUGUGAGCUUUUGGAGCCUUUUUUUUCAAUAUAUAAAUUGCUCGUCAAGGAGAAGCUUGUUGACUUUUGCGCGUUAGCUCGCCGCCAAGUUGUUUGGCAAAACUGCGAAGAACGACAACAGCAUCGCUAUGAAUGUUGACAGCGUUAACCAGUCUGUCACCACUGGAGCUUCGUCUAACGCCACGACGUCUUUAACUUCAACCAACUGUAUCGCAAAUGAGAACGCGUCAAACAACGUCGGCAGCAUCCCUGCGGUCACCAGCAACGCUUCGACCCCAGCCACUAUGGUGACAUCAUCAUCAGACUCGUCUGUGCCCAAUGGAGUUUAUGUUCCUGGAGGCAUCACUAACGGAGACAUAAAGCCCACAGUCUCCACAACCCCACUGGCUGACUUCGUCAUGCAGCUGGAAGAGUACACUCCCACGAUUCCUGAUGCAGUGACGGGCUACUACCUCAACCGGGCUGGCUUUGAAGCAUCUGAUCCAAGGAUAAUCCGUCUGAUCUCCCUAGCCUCGCAGAAGUUCAUCUCAGACAUCGCCAACGACGCGCUGCAGUACUGUAAAAUGAAGGGGACUGCGUCAGGAAGCUCAAGGAGCAAGACUAAGGAUAAGAAGUACACUCUGACAAUGGAGGACCUGGCCCCUGCUCUUUCUGAAUAUGGCAUCAAUGUCAAGAAGCCCUAUUACUUCACAUAAAAUGAAGUUAGCUAGUUUUACCUGGCUAACCCACUAAUUUGUCAACAUGCUAAUUUUCCAGCACAGUGCUUUUAGUACAGCACUGAAUUUUUUUUGAAGUCUUUGUUUUUUUUUGUGUGGUUUCAAUUUUGUUCGUUUGUAA